AUGUCGCCUGAUUCUUACACAAACUUGUCCUACUGGUUCGGACCUGAGAUAUCAAACUUUACUGGGGACGAGAAUUUCUGUCCGAAAGUACCAGAUUUGGGACUAGCUAAAAUGAUGGGACGAGAGCACUCCCAGGUCGUCACAAUGAAGUUGGCAAAUGGGGCACCAACAAAAGUUGCGGAUAGACGGCUCGAAGGAGCAUUUGACGAAGAAGAACUCAUGAGAGCUUUAAAAGUAGCAUUUUGGUAUAUUAAAGACGAGAUUUCGAUGAGGCCAAUGAUGGGGAAAGUUGUGAAGAUGUUGGAAGGAUUGGUCAACAUUAAUAUGACAUCGACCCCUCAGACAGUUCUCGAGUUAAUCGAAGAAGGCCUAGAUCACGUGUACAAAGCCAUGAAGUGA